AUGAAGUUCAAUCUGGCUACUAAUAUUGCCACUACGCUGGCCGUCACCGUGACUGCUGCUCCUGCUAAUGAGGCAGUGACUCUUACCACCCGGGCCAAGGUGGACCACAUUGAUGGUACUCAUGCCAACUUUAUCAAACUCUGGAAAGAAGAUGGGAUGAACCGCUGGCGUUGGCAAUACGCUGGCAAUUGUGACGAUUACAAAAACGCUAUUAAAACCAGUUCUGGUAGCAUUAAUAACUUCCGGUGUCUUGAAAAGGAUGGUAAACAAUUCUUUGACACUAAUAUGGUUGUGGGAUUCGCUGGUGAUAGAAGUAUUAUUCGGGGUAUAAAGGAGCUUACUGAGCAAAGCUGUUGUGAUCUGGGGCUUCCAGUCUGGGCGAGGGAUACAUGCUUGAUAAUGUUCAGAACUAGUGACGAGUGUGACAUGACCAAGGACUAG